GUUUAUAGGCUACAUGUGUGGGACGCAUCCCACACGCAUGAUACAGUAGAUUUUUUUGCAGUUGCAGGAAGAUCGCUUCUUAUGAUACCGUUAUACAAUCUGACUUCCGGAUUGUUGCUAGUGAUGAACAAAUCGUCCCGUAUUCCUGCACACAAAUGAGUAUUUUCAUUGAUCCCUUUUUUCGGGGGAAAGGCGAGCACUACAUGAGCUCUGGAUUAAAUCGCUAACAGUUACAAUUCUGCGCACAACUGUUGGGCAUCACGCUUUUUAAAUGAAACUUGUAAGAUUUAUGAACAAUCGUGCACCAUCUAAUAAGAGAUACCAGCCAACCGAAUAUGAACAUGCUGCUAACUGUGCCACACAUGCGCUCUGGAUUAUUCCCAGCUUUGUGGGCGGGGUCUUGUUGUACUUCCUGUCUGACGACCACUGGGAAGAAAUUUCAGCAUGGCUCUAUGGGGCGGGGCUGUCAAGCCUUUUCGUCAUAUCCACAGUGUUCCAUACAGUCUCCUGGAAGAAAAGUCAUCUUCGAUCAGUUGAACACUGUUUCCACAUGUGCGACAGGAUGGUGAUCUACUUCUUCAUUGCUGCUUCAUACACACCCUGGUUGACAUUGCGGGAGCUCGGCCCAUGGGCCGCUCACAUGCGUUGGGUUGUCUGGGUGAUGGCGUCUGGAGGAACUGCCUAUGUAUUUUUCUUUCAUGAAAGGUUUAAAGUUGUAGAGCUGAUCUGUUACGUGGCAAUGGGAAUUUUUCCUGCCCUUGUCAUCCUUUCUAUGGCAGACAGGUCAGGUCUGUGUGAGCUGCUUGUUGGUGGCGGGUUUUAUUUGUUGGGAACGGUCUUCUUUAAAAGCGACGGCAUAGUACCUUUCGCUCACGCUAUAUGGCAUCUCUUUGUCGUAUUGGGGGCGGGUGUCCAUUACUAUGCCAUCUGGAAGUACCUGUACAAACCUGUCAAUCAACCAACCAGUACGGCCCGGUGACAUAUAUACAUACAUCCACCCACAAAAUCAUUUACAUAUAUGUCUAUAACUAGCACAUACAACAGAAAUUACAACUAUAGCCUUUGUGAGUCUACAGACAGCAGGGGUCAUUUUGGACCUGACGCCGUGUGCAAUCCAGACUGAUAAAGGAUCCAGAACAUGAACAUUUCUGGAAGAGUCUAUUGAUUCAAUUCAAGUUUACAAAGUUUUUUAGAGGUAAAAUCACUGCCACUUAUUUGUGAAAGCAAAUACUUGAGUACAGUUUAAGGUAUUUUUAACGUCUUCUUUCACUGCCAAUGGGGAAAUAUUCUUAUUUCUGUCCACAACAAGAAAAAGAAAAAUGCAGCUACUGUAUAGUUGUAGUUAUUUUAGAUGCAUUACAUCUUUAAGAUAUACCACAAGUGCUUGGUGACAAUGUGCAGGGACAGAUUUGCCUGGAGACGUCUGAUUUAAUGGCAAAAAAGAUAGAGUCAGUUUUUUUAAUCCAUACCAUAAUAAGAUGGUUAUGUAAAGUGUUAUUUAAAAGAAAUUCACUCUCAGAAUUAAGGAGAGGGUACAAAAGUUGUCAUUGGGGUGGUACAUUUUUUAAAACUAUGCCUAAAAGGUGCAUACUGGUACCUCAAAGGUACAUAAUCUGUAUGGUACAUAGGACCUUUUUAAAAGGUGCCGUCCCAGUUACUAUUUUUGUACCUUUUUUUUUUUUUAGAGUAUACUUCAUUCAGUAUCAAUGAAAAGUAGAUAAUAUAUAUAAUAUAUAAAAAGUAUGAUGUAAUGAAUUUAGUCAUGGCUCUUGCUCUUGCUUUGAGAGUGGUUGAAGGGAUUGUUUACAUGAAGUUCGAUCUGAUAAAAAUCAUCAUUUACCUACUCCAUUUUUUUGUUUUUCGUGGAACAUACAAUGAGAUUUUUACAGAAGGUUUCUUUUAGUCCAAUGAAAGCAGAUGGGACUGGGCCUAAUAUUAAGAAAAUACAAAUCACAAAAUUUCCAUUACAAAUAUUUUCUUUUAUUUAUGUUCCACUAAAGAAAAAAAUCAAGCUUAUUUGGAGUGACGGGGUGAAAUAAUUCUCAUUUUUAGUGUACUAUCUUUUUAAAUUGUAGACUUUAAUGCCACACUAUGUAGGAUUUUCACCACAAAGGUGAAGCUUAAUGAUGUUAUGAAGGAGUGUGGACUGAUGGGUGAUGUCGUUUUAACCCUCCAGAGACGUAUGAAAUUCGCUAAUCAUGUUACCGGAUGUGGUAAUAAAUUAAUGUUUGUACGUUUGAUCACAUAAUGAAUUAGCUGCAAGGCACAACAGCUGCGUUUUAGUUGCUAUAUAACCACCACUUCCACAUUUGUUCACUUGUGUUGCUCACAUCUACAACCAGAAACUGAGGAUAGCGUGGAUAUUUACAGGGUUCCAACGGGUCCUUGAAAUCCUUGAAAGUUUGUGAAUCUGGGGGAAUAAUUCAAGGCCCUGGGAAGUUUUUGAAAACAUACAUACAUGUCAUUGACAGUGAAAGUUUUCUGGAAAGAAAAUUCAUAUUAUUCCCUGUGUAGUGUAGGAUAAAAUCAUAAAAAUUCUAGACUUUUUAAGCGCACAUGCUAAACUAUUCGCUUUAAAUGCUUAUAUAUUUUGCAUGCAAAUGUUGAUUCAUACCAAAAUGCUUUUUGCAUAGUUGUGUUUGACACAUGAAAACGUCUCAGGUUACGUAUGUAACUGUUGUUCCCUGAGAAGGGAACGAGACACUGUGUCUCCCUUGCCAUACCUCCUGUGUCCCCGUAAUAUUUCAAAUAGCGAUAUACAUCCUGGCUCUCGCGUCACCUUUUCUAUGUCGUUAAGCCUCACCAUUGGUUGAAUUUGCUAUACACAUUCAGAUGCACUUACCCCAAAGUGUCACUGCAGUGACGCAGCACGAGUUCCCUCAAAAGGGAACUGUAACAAUGUAUCUUAAAAGGUAACAUGAUGUAACCUUGCUCUUACUUGAAAUGUGUCCCCACAUUUAGUCCUUGAAUUUGAGGGUAUUGGACCUGGAAAGUCCUUAAAAGGUCCUUGAAUUUGAAGUUAACUAAGGUAUGGGAACCCUGUAUUCAGUCAUUAAAAGGGUGACAGGUGCAAGGGAGACAAGGGACGAGGAAUUAUUUAUCUGGAUUUACAAAUCCUUGGGAACUUUUGGCAUAAACACAAUUGCAUUAAAAAUAUCACACUGUGCUAGUCGUUUUGGGAUAUUUUAUUACAAAAAUCUUACAUAUUGUGGCUUUAAAACUUGUAGAUCUCCACCACUUUAGAUUUGUCUUUGGUUUACCACUGGUUAACACUGAAAGUCUGUCCAUCAGCCAUUUGUUUUAUUGGACUGGUCAGCCAAAGUUUCUGGUCUCAGGGUUUUCUCAUUGGCUGAUGCCAUCAUAUUUCUGAAACAUUCAAUGCUAUUCACAUGUUAGUAACUGUUUAAGUUUUUAAAUCACCUUGAAUAUGAUAGAUAGAUAACAAUUAUUUUAUCUAUAACACAAGAUUUGUAAUCAGGGCGACACAGAUUGUCUGGUCAAGAUUAAUGGAGACAUACUCACACACAAACAUCAAUAAUAUCUGCAGUUUAUAUACAGUUUAUGUCUGCGGUAAAAGUGUUUAAACAAGUAUUUACAUUUGUAUGGCCUUUUAAGUACCUACUUGAUCUAAUGUAACAUUUGUUUUACUAAAUGUGUAUUUUAUUAUUGUUUUACAUCUGAAACAAAGUAAUGUUUAAGUAGAUAAUGUGUUAAAUAGUGGUUAGUUUGUCUUGUAAUUUAUUUGUACAAACAGUUUAAUUUAUGUUUUUUUGUUUUUUUUUUAAAUAAGCGCGGUUUGAGAGAUGUACAAUUAGUAGUCAGUAUUUUCAGAUGCAUUAGUGAUUUUUGCAGAACUGGAUUUUUUGAUGUAUGGCUUUAUAAAGAUUAAAAUAGGCUCCUGCUUGAAUCGUAAAUCAGCUGUAUAUAAUCCAUAUCAUAAUGCUAUACCUCGCUUUAGUCAGUAAACAUUCUAUUAUUAACAACAGAUGUCUCUUAUAAUCAUGUCAAGUUAAAAUAUUUUUAAUUGUUUAUUUAAAAGUGUACCAUUAAAAUUUAAAAUGUUAAUGUCCACUUAAGUGGGUUAAGAAUGAACAGGGUGUCAGAUGAAAAGUCUUUUUUUUUUCGUUAAAGUAUGAUUGUGAUAUCAUAUCAAGAAAAAUGAUAUAUGUUUGGUGGACCAAAAUGAAUAAGGUUUCAGUUCGCUUCCGCCCUAAUUUUGGGCUGAGCAAACACUGUCUUAAAUACACUGAGGAUAUUAUAGACUUUAUUAAUGUAUGUAUAUGUAUAGAGUAAUUUUACCCUACAGUAUUAAGUGUUUUAUCAUUAAUGUUAAAAUAUAAUUUAUUAAGUAAUGUUUGGUUUUAAAAUACCUUAAUGUAUACUUCUGUUUACCCAAGCAAUUGUUUUUGCAUUAUUUAUAAUUUAUGUUUAAUCAUCAUUUGAUAUGUUGUUGAAUUAAGGAUUGUGACUUGUUUUGUUUUGUUUGUGAGGGUGCAUUUUGUGUCUUUAAAUGUUUUUUGUUUAAUGUGGUCUGGUUAAUGCAAAAUGUGUUUACCUGGGAUUGUCUUAAGAACUGUUGCUCCAAAUUGUUUACAUUUGCAGAAUAGCUUUUACUGCCAUUCAGACUGAAAUUAAAUGAGUUUUUGGUUUGGUAACAAUAUAACAAUAUACUGAAAGUUAGAUGAUGCAUGAGGAUUUGUGUCAGUAAAAUUAACUGAAUGUAAAAAAUUAAGUGAAAAAAUAGAAUGUAAUACUAUUUACCUCAAUAAAUUUUACUUCAUCUAUAAUUUAAAUUUGGUUGUGAUUCAAAGCCAGAUUUUACAUGCAUCAUGUUGCCCCUGUUUUUGGUAAUGGUAGUAUUAAGAAAAAUAAACUCAUUUUGACCAAAGCUCAUUUUAAUUCUCAUGAAAAUGCAUCAACCCUGCAAGUAGUUCAGUGAUGGUGGUUAAAAACCGGAUCCUGUAUUUAAACUGAAUCCACUUGAAACCUAACCCUGACCUCACUGUAAAUAUCAUUGUGCCUUUUAUUGGGUGUUAAAGAACAGUUCAAGGCUUUUUGUUUUAGCCGUUCUACUGAUUUACUCAGCUUAACAAAAGUGUCUUUUGUACCUUUUACAUGAAGGUAUUUGUGAUUGUGGUUUUGCUGCAAUGUUUGUAUUGCCCCUGGUUUUGUAUCGGUAUUCUUUAAGAAGAUAUUGUUCAUAUCAAUGCUUUUAUCAAUGAAAUGUCAUCCCUGCUGAAUCAUUAUUUGAGUCCUGCAUUCUAUACAUUUUGUAUGUUUGUGGGUUGAUCAAUAAAUGCAAAGUAUGGACAACUCGUGCACACUUUA